AUGUCGGAUGCGUAUUGUACGGAUUGUAAGAUGGAGACGGAGUUGGUGGUGGAUCACUCCUCCGGAGAUACGCUCUCUUCUGAGUGUGGUUUGGUUUUGGAAUCGCACUCGAUUGAUGAGACAUCUGAGUGGCUAAUGCGUCUUCUUUGCUUCGAUCACGCCUCUGAAGGUCUUCGUCGUGAUCAUUGCUUCUCAUGUGGAUUUUAUAUCUUACGGCCUUUACUUAUUAUGUUGGGCUUUCACAACAAGAAAACAGCCGGAUUUCCGACGGAAAUUCCGACGCACGAGAAUUCCGUUGGAAUUUUCCGACGGUUUACCGACGAAAUUGCGACCAAAUGUAAACCGUCGGAAAUCCGUCGGUUAAUUCCGACGGAAUACCGACGGUUUUAUCUACCGUCGGUAUUCCGUCGGAAUUAA